UUUAGGGUUUUAUUCUUCUGCCUUUGUUGUCUCCCCUCUGCUCGAGGUUUUACUUCACAGUCAGACAAGCAAACACAACAAUGGAUUCAAACGGAGGAGGAGAAGUGUGUAGGAUCCUCCGCGAACUCAAGACCUUAAAGGCAUCUAAGAGCGACAUCGAGCGUCGAAUUUCGGACCUAGAAGCUCAGCUCCGGGAGCUAAAUCUCAACAACGGCACCGUCGUUCCUAAUGGUUCCUCCUGCACUCUAAUGUCCACCGUUGAUUCUGGUUUUGGUCAUGGACUUUCGGCGGAUAUGAUUUACCGAUAUAGUCGCCAGCUCUUGAUUCCUUCAUUCGGUGUCCAAGCUCAAUCAAAUCUAUUAAAGUCUUCAAUUUUAGUUGUUGGAGCUGGGGGGUUGGGCUCGCCUGCCCUGCUAUAUCUUGCAGCUUGUGGUGUUGGUCGCUUAGGUAUUGUUGAUCAUGAUGUGGUUGAGCUAAAUAAUAUGCACAGACAGAUUAUACACACGGAAGCAUAUAUUGGCCAACCAAAAGUGAAGUCUGCUGCUGCUUCCUGUCGCUCGAUCAAUUCCACGAUACAAAUUGUGGAACACAAAGAAGCUUUAUGCGCAUCCAAUGCCUUGGAAAUUUUGAGCAAGUAUGACAUAAUAGUAGAUGCAACAGAUAAUGCACCAAGUCGUUACAUGAUCAGUGAUUGCUGCGUAGUGUUGGGAAAGCCUCUUGUAUCUGGUGCUGCAGUGGGAUUGGAAGGACAGCUUACAGUCUAUAACUACAAUGGAGGUCCGUGCUAUCGGUGCCUAUUUCCAACUCCACCACCUACAACAGCGUGUCAAAGAUGUUCUGACAGUGGAGUUCUAGGAGUGGUUCCUGGUGUCAUUGGUGUCCUUCAAGCACUAGAGACCAUUAAAAUUGCUGCAGCUGUUGGUGAACCACUCUCGGGCCGGAUGCUUUUGUUUGAUGCAUUGUCAGCAAGGAUUCGUAUUGUCAAAAUUAGAGGCAGGUCAUUGCAAUGUGAAGUUUGUGGAGAAAACACGGCAUUCACCCAGAAGCAAUUCAGUGAAUUUGAUUAUGAGAAUUUCACUCAAUCCCCAUUAUCAACAUCUCCAUUGAAGUUAAACCUGCUUCCGGCAGAUAGUAGAAUAAGCAGCAAGGAGUUCAAAGAGAGAAUCGUUAAUGGUGAAGCAAAUGUGUUGGUUGAUGUACGCCCCCCGCACCAUUACAAGAUUGUUUCCCUUCCCGGGUCCGUGAACAUCCCAUUGUCAAGAUUGGAGUCCAGGUUGCCAGAAAUCUCUUCAUUUUUAAAUGAAACAAAAGAGCGCAAGGCGUUGAAUCCUGAUUCAGUUCCUAGCCUCUAUGUAAUAUGUAGAAGAGGUAAUGAUUCACAGAGAGCUGUUCAGCUCCUCCACAAGAUGGGUUUCACCAUAGCCAAGGACAUAAUCGGAGGUCUCGAGUCCUGGGCCCAAGAUGUGGAUCAAAACUUCCCGACCUACUGAAAAUCAUGCCAUUGGGACGUCUUAGUUAUGCUUCAUAGUAUUUCUAUCCUCCAUGGAUUGUGUCAUAAGAAAACAGUUUGGUGAUUACCAGAAUAAGUAACAUAGGACAAACCAUUGGUGAUUUCCAUAGGAAACUAAUAUAAUUGAGUAGGGCUCGAUUGGUUACCCUUGUAUUGUAAUCACAAUGUUUGCUUUAAUUUUAACUUUUUAUUUUUUGU